AUGUGGCCUCGCCUUACAUCGCGCCGCUGUUCAAAUACCUGUUCUUCGGCUGGGGGGAAAUGGAUGCGAUAUGCCGUUCGUGACGGGACAUGGCAGCACAAGGGGACACUGCCGCGUAAGGAACUCGGAUCGGACGUGUACUGGCUGCUGGGUCCCGGCGGUCCUCAACUAUGGGUCGCCGAUGCCGAUCUGAUCAGCGAGAUCACGCACCGAUGGAAAGACUUUCCGAAGCCGGUCAUGUAUUACACGCAACUGCUCUUUGGCGAGAAUGUGCUCACGGCUGAAGGCUCGCUGUGUCAGUUCCAACUCAAAUGCAAAUGA